UGUCCUCUAACCAGUCCUGCCCUCUCUUAACCCCUCAGUGUCACUGGCAGAGCAUCACUCCACAACAGACCAAGAGCUGCAGAACAUCGCUCUGUUCUACCAUGGAAAAUCCACGUAGUCUGGCUCCAUCACUUUCCUGACCAUGACCUGCCGGGCACUCAUUUUCGAGAUGAUUAUUUUCCAGCGUCAGUGCUCUUUUUAGGUGUAGAACUCUUUGCCCAGCUCAUUAACAGCUGCCAAGUACUGGUCUUUUGUUUUCGACUAAUUCCUCUGUUUUCUCCACCGGUUUUACCAGGAGCCACAGAUAGAAACUUGUGGCAUCUCUGACAAUGAAAGUUGGUUUCUAAGACACUUUUAUGCUGUCUAAACAAGAUCUCUUCCUGGCAUAUAUUCUUCUGAAAGGUAUAUAAGGGGGAGUGGGGCAAAUCUCAGGCAGUUUGGUGCCUGCAUACCCAGCUAUCCUUCAUGCCAGCUCAUCCAUCUGGUACAUGGAUUCCUUCUGUUUUAUUUGCUUCCAUCGAAAGGCUAUGCGGCGGAUGCCAGGCACAAGUGUGAACAUGAGUGCUGGGUCGGUGGAACAGGAACCGGCCCGGAAGCUAGGCUGUUGUGGUGUGCCCGUGAUCACUGAAGACAUGCAGGCCUUAGCUAUCCGCAGCCUGUCUGGGAGCGAGGUGCAGAAACACUAUGAGCUGAUUCGGGAUUUGGGAAAAGGCACAUAUGGAAGGGUGGAGCUGGUAUCGCACAAAAGCACAGGAAACAAGAUGGCCCUGAAAUUCGUGAACAAGAACAAGACCAAGCUAAAAAGUUUUCUUCGCGAGUUCAGUGUGACGAGCGCGUUGUCUUGCAGCCCUUUCAUCAUCAGAGCAUUCCAUGUUCUUUUUCAGACAGAGGAUUGUUACGUCUUUGCCCAAGAGUACGCCCCUGCUGGAGACCUCUUUGAUAUCAUCCCUCCACAAGUGGGUCUUCCCGAGGACAUGGUGAAACGUUGUGUGCAGCAGCUGGGCCUAGCUCUAGACUUUAUGCACAGCAAGAGCCUUGUUCACCGUGAUAUUAAACCUGAGAAUGUCCUUCUGUUUGACCGUGAGUGCCGUCGGGUCAAGCUUGCUGACUUUGGCAUGACUCGUAAAGUGGGUUGUCGAGUGAAGAGAGUUAGUGGCACCAUCCCUUACACUGCUCCGGAAGUGUGCCAGGCUGGACGCACAGAGGGCUUCCCAGUAGAGACUAGCUUGGAUGUUUGGGCUUUUGGGGUACUUAUAUUUUGUGUCCUCACUGGCAACUUUCCUUGGGAAUCAGCAUCACCAGGAGAUGCCUUCUUUGAGGAAUUUGUGCACUGGCAGAAAGGACGCUUGCCUGGUCUCCCCUCUCAGUGGAGAAGGUUUUCUGACAAUGCUCUACGAAUGUUCAAACGUCUCUUGGCUUUGGAGGCAGAAAAAAGGAGCCCAGUCAAGGAGGUCUUCUUCUAUAUUAAGUAUGACCUGCUUUCUGAAGCCAGGCGGAGACCUUCCUACCGUUCUCGCAAGCAAACAGGCGAUAAGUUACCAUCAGUGCCCCAGCGCCAUGAUAACCCAACUCCCCUCAAGAGGACAAUCCUCACAGAAGGAGGUUCCUCACCACGUGCCCCCCAUUCCCUGCCUGACCCUGGCCAGGCUUCUGCUGGCAGUGGCAGGACAGAUGGACGGCAGGACAAAAGCAAAGCUCAAAUGCUGCUGGCCACCGCCAUAGAAAUAUGUGUGUAGGAUGUUUAUUCACUUGGAUUCAGCUAUAUUAGGAACUGAUGUCAUUGUCCCAAUUAAUGGUCAGUUCAUCAUCAGGACUUUUAGUAAAUUUGACCUCAAUUGAGCUAGACGGGUUUCAGGUUACAAGCAAAAAAAUAAUUAUUUUUAGUUGGUGAGUAAGAGUUAGAAAAAAUGAAGAAGUUGUGUCCUAGUUCAUGAAUAGAAGAGCCUUGGAUAUUUUUGAUCUAUAUUUGGUAUAACACCAUUGGGAGUAGUGAUUUUGUGCUAUUGUUGCCGCAUUCUGCCUCAUUAAGAAUUAGGCACCUUAAAGCCCUGUAGGCAACAGGGUAAGCCUGCAAAUGUGCCAGAUUACCACUGUCUAAAGUACCAAGAAGGCACAAGAGUCAGGUCGGUUGCAAGACAUCCUUUAUAUCCUCUAUGAAGCCAAUUCUUGCAAUAUGCCAAUACCCAGAAGAAAAAUAGCACAGUUAGGGCUAUUGCAAUCCUUCUCUACUAGAACUGCCAUGCCAAACCCUACAGAGAAGGCACUGGCAGUCCAAACCUUUAUUAAACUUGCACUCCAGCCAGAUCUUAUAGUAUAAUAAACAAGGUGAGUCAAAGGCUACAUUAGUACAAUGCUCCAGGCCCAGUUUUUUUUUUACUUAACAAGGGCUUCAAAUACCUUUGUAGAAUACAAAAGCAACAUGACUAUCCCUGAGUACUUUGAUUAAAUGGGUACCCAGGCGUAAGGAAUAUCGAAACACUGAAGUGACAUUCCCAGACCUUUGAACAAUAAUUCCUUUCACCUUCAUCUAUUGAUCCUAGGGUUACCACCUGGCCAGUAUUUUACCGGCCUGACCGGUAAAAAUGAUGAUUGAUCCCAAUGUUAUUAUUAGGGAAAAAAGAUAAAUAUAUAGGAAGGCCAGUAUUUUUUUCCAGAAAAGGUGGCAACCCUAAUUGAUCCCCACUCUGAGCAUAACAUUACUAUAAUAUUGAUGUUGCCAGUGGCUACUUAUUUAUAAAAGAACAUCUGGCAUCUUGGCUACAUUUUAAAAAACUUUGAAAAAACUUGAUUUUUUUUUGAUUGAUUUGAAAUACAAAAUGUUAGGGUGACACAAGUUCAUCUGUUAACUUGGUGACUUAGAACUUUGACAACAUGGAUGUUAGACUUUUAUAAAUGGUUUACAUGCAUACAUCUUACUGUAGUAAUACUCUAAGGGUGGUGGUACGCGAUCCGAUUCGGGGUGACUAAUCUCCCUGACAGAUUAGAAUGUAAAUUGCUGGCGCGAUGGCACUUGGAUCGCUUCAUUUUCUGAGGUCGCCCGAAGUUGCUUCAAGAGGAAACUUCUGGCGAUUUCGGAAAUCCGAACCAAUCCGAGUGCCAUGCUGCCGGCGAUUUACAUUCUAGCCAGCGGGAAAGCAUUUUGUGGAGAUUAGUCGCCCGAAGUAGAGGAGAUUUGUAGCUGGGUGACAGAGCAUGUGCCACCACCCUUAGGAAGACCUUACAUAAGAUAAUCAUCUACAUAAAGAGUAUCAAACACAACACUUGGUCAAUAGACCUUUCAUAUAAGGGUUGACCCUCAAGAAUUUUGUAUGUUUAUAUUCAAAUAUACUAAGUGCAAGCACAGAAACUUGCAGUUGUAGACUUUUCGCACCAGAAAUUUUAUGACCAUCCUGCCGGCCAAGAACACCAAGAUUUUAUUUCGGAAGUAGGAAGUUCAUGUCUCAUCUGAACUUUUUGUGUGCCGCUUCUCUUCGAUCUUGCCACCCCACAUUGUCUCAGUAAACAACAUGGCUCAGCACAGAGCAAAUUGAAACUUUAAAUUUACAGGACAAUAGCACCUUUAUUAUUACCAUUUGCAGUCUAUUUGCAGUCGGCACUAAAAGAGUUCAAACCAGAGCUUGAUGUUCUGAGUAUUGAUCAUCAAACAAGGUAUUGAGGGCGACUGAUUGUGUGCACAGAACACUCUGCUGCUGAUUGGAAUUUAUACAUAUGAAAGAGGGAAGAAUAUUGCUUUUCCUUAGCUAAGACAGUUUUAACAGACGUUGGCUGAAAAAUUUAUUCUGUUUUGAUUUGACUAUGUUCUACCAAGGUCUCUAAAAAGACGCUGCAGCUUUGUGUUUGUAUGUUAUUAUUUAUGUAUCUCCAGAGCCAAAAUAACAUGAAAGGAAAAUAGAAACAAACUGGGGCAAUCAAACAUUAUAGAUAAGUGUUUGUUUUAUCAGUACUUAUUGUUCCUCUAACUUAUGGAUUUGUUUGUAUCUGAUAUGGGAUUUAAUGGGAAAGCCAUUUGCCAGGCAAGUUCUGAACCAAAUGGAAUGGAAUGUUCUGUACACACAAUGAGCAGCAUUCACAACUAUAUAUUAGUAGAUAUCAACAAUAUUGCAUUAUUAUAUCUUGACAUAUCUUAAGGGUCACCUUCUACAGGUGGAGUCAGGUAUGGGAUGGUCGGGGGGGGAUAUUUUAAACUGUGAGACAAUAGUGCAGUAAUAGGAAGGAAUUGCUGAUUUACAGUACAGGUAUGGAAUCUAUUAUACAGAAAGCGACGGAAAGGACAUCUCCUAUAGAAUUCAUUCUAAUCAAACAACUUUUUAAAAAUAAUUUCCUUUCCUUUUUCUCUGUGAUAUUGAAACAGUAGCUUGUAUUUGUUCCCAAUUACGAUAUUAUUACUCCUUAUUGAAAGGAAAACCAUUCUAUUGGGUUUAUUUAAUGUUUACAUGAUUUUCUAGUAGACUUAAGGUAUGAAGAUCAAAAUUAUGGAAAGAUCUGUUACCAGGAAAACCCAAGGUCCCGAGCAUUCUGCAUAACAGGCCCCAUACCUGUAUAACCUACAAACUCUUUGGUUAAAUGAAAGCCCUAGAUCCAACAGAAUUCUCAGGAGUUCUAACCUUUGCUGGCAGAAAGACUGGGAUAGUUGACAAUGGAAGUAUUUCCAAUAAUAUCAUUCCCUGCCCAACCACAAACACUGCCUAUGUAGCGUACAUGUAGCUAAGUGUACAGUUGUGUUUCUUUGUGUUGUUUUAGGCACUGUUUUGCCGACAGUGUUGUGUAUCAGUCUGUGUACGUAGGAUUUAGCUUUUCAAUUUCUACCUGCUUGGGCAUUCCAUUAUUUCAGUAGAUUAAUACAAAUGAAUCGGUCUUGCUGUUCGGGAGGCUCCUGCUAUGUAUGGAGAAGCCCCUGCAGGUAACAGAACCAGGAUUCAAAUCAAUUGUAGCACUAAUUACACUUCUUCAAUAUUGUCAUCCUGGGAAAAUAAGAAAUUCUUAGUCUUAUAUUUCUUAGAUUUAUGGCACUAAUGUAUGGGAAAACCAGCAGGAACCUGACUGCAUCCCCUCCACCUCCACAUGUACACCUUGUACGCUCAGUGAGUUGUCCCUCUAGAAGUCCCUCUAGCAAUCAAACCUUCAUUAAUUGCAAUCCUCUAAUAAGGGCUACAGCAUUAAUAAUACAAGCAGAAGUGCCAUGACAUCUAACCCACAAUGACGGAGCAUCAUAGGCAUCAGAUUGAAUAUGGCCGAACACUGGCCAAACUCACUUCAUCCUCUUGACAAGAGAUUGGAGCCACUUGCAGGAAGAGAAGCUGUUGAACACAAACUCAAAUUAGCUGGGGAAAUAUGUGUUUACUAUUUUAUAAUGAAACAGUCAGAGCACAAUCUCCUCUCCUCUUUGUCUCUUCCUGGUUUUAAGGCUUCUAGACAGUCCAAAAUGAGGUUUAUAUGUCUUUUCUUUUUCUUCGAUUGAGACCCUGGACAUGAAACAGGACGUGGCAUAGAUAACUAAAGUAGCAAAUUCCCUUUCUUGCCUUAGAAGUCUUCGAUGUUCACAAUAUUAGUGCAAUAAUGUAGAUAAGGGUAAAUGACUGAAACUUUUUAAACUUAACUGUAGGACUGAGUUCUGAGUUUAGGGCUAGAUUAGAAAAGUUACCUCAGUUUAGUUGACCUAGAAUAACAUCUCUAUAUAUAUAUUUAAAGUUGUGUUUAGUGCUAGAGAAAUUAAAGAGAACAUUUGUGAAUUGUUUAAAUGUGAAUAUAAUGCUUUUUGUUCCAUAGGCCUCUUCUGCACUUGUAUCUAAUGAGUUUAUGUGUGCUUUAUAAAGGGUAUGUGCACUGGGAAGAAGCAAAGACGUCACAGAAGUAAAAGGUUGAUGAUAUAACUGCAGAGAGCUGGUUUUAACCAAUAAAUGAUGGGCAAGUAAAAAAAAAAAAAGAAGUCCAUGAAGAUGCCAAUCACAGUGAGGUGAUGUUCUGUAUGUUCUUGCCCCCCAGCAUGGAAUUUUGGGUGAAUAGGGAAUAACUUGACGUCUACAUGUCCAUGUAAAUUGUCCACUUGGCCAUUCAUUUCUAUACAAUUUAUUAUAGAUAGCUUUCAAUUCAGUCAAGAACAGGCUUUUUACACAAUUCCCAGAAAUGAUUAGACCCUCAGGCUUGUAGGACGUCAAAAAGGGCAUUAUCAUUUGGAAUGUAAAAACAAUCUAGCCACUCUCAUUCCCAUGAGCUUUGUUGAUGACGUCAAUCACUGCAAUCGUUGGCAUGUGUCAUUCAAUGGCAGCUUCUUCCAUUAAUAUAAAGAAGUAAAUAAAUAAGAAAAUGGAAAAAUCUAAUUUGCAGAUAAGGAUUGUGCUAUGACGUUAACCAUUCCCUUGUGUUGCUCCUCGUGGAGAAUUGCUUCUUCUGAUAGCAAGUAGGGAAUAUACAGUUUUAUCUACAUCCAUUGUCAAGUUGUUGGACACUCUGCCAGGAAUGUUCAGGCUUCUUCAGACCCAACCAGGCAACUAUCCUAGAGUUUACCCCGUGGUUUGGUUUAAGGGGUUUCUUUGAAGGACAAGUACACAAUGAAAAAUGUUACUCAGCAAUUGGGUCUAGUUUUUUUGGGAGGCCAAUGAAUAUCUAGGGCCCUACAGAAAAUCUAUGUGGUAUCAGUGGUAAAUCAAAUCAGGGUGAUGUAAAAGGCAGAGCAAACACAUUGGGUGCAGAAAGGUAUCCGGAGUAGACUGGCGUAGCGCUUAGUGAUGCAGCAAGGAUACCAUGCAGUGAUUGGUUGAUUCUAUGAGCAUAAAGUGUGGCCAUGUUACCCAUCAUGCAGAUCCAUACAUCUAUAGUUGUAAUUUGUCAAUGACAAUCUAAUCUAAAUCGAUCCUCCAGUCACUACAAGAACAUAUUGGAUCGGUUAUGUUGCUCCAGCAAGAUCACCCAUGUAGCUUAACCCAAACUAUAACUAUGAAUAUUAAAGCAUGCAUCUAUACAGGAUACAACUUGUACCACUAUAAUGGUGCCCCUCCCCCCCUUUUUUCAAUCAAAUAAUGAACCCGUUUAGCAGCAUCCAAAUCUGCCAGUGGUUUGACAGUUAAGAAGGUUAUGGAACAAAACAAAGCAUUGUUCUUUGUCAUUUACUUGUGUAUUUCUGUCUUUGUGAUGACAUGAUAUAUGUGUUCUUGCACUGCAAACUAGGAAAGAAUAUUAGAAGAGUAAAAAAAAUAAAAAUUUAAAAAAAAGGUAUUUUGUUCUCUCCAGCCCCUGAAAACUAAGAUGCGCCGAGUCAGCAGUGCAGAGGAAAGUUUUCUAUGAAGCUGUAUGUAUUUUAAUAUUGCUUUUUUUCUUUUGUUUUUCAUUGUAGAUUAUAAAUUAAAAUGGAAAAGGCUA